AUGGCGGAGGAGCAGGAAACGCCGUUUCGCGCGGUGAUGGAUGCUACUGGUUUUUUUGUUAAAGUUGAGACCGUGGACGGAGCCAUUUAUACGGGAAAACUUUCUCGCCUGGAUAUGCUUCACGGUGAUGUUGAACUAAGCGAUGUGCGUUGUCAAAGGCGUGAUUCUUCACUCUCAAUAGAGUGUCGUGUUUUUCUGAAAGGUGCAAAUAUCCGUUUAAUACAUCUUCCUUCGGAGAUAAGAAAAGCCACGUAUCUGGAAUGGGAAAAUCCAAACGUUCAAAAGAACCUCAAGAAAAGUUUGAAAUUGCGACGGCCAAGGGGAGUUAAAAAGGAUCGAUCAAGGAAUAAAAUGAUGAAAAAAAGUAAAGUGGAAAAACUAAAGAAACUUCUCUGA